AUGGACAAUUUGGUCAAGCAUGACACGCAGAAUGCUAACUUCACCUUUCAUUACAAUUCUCCGGACUCAUGGCUGAAAGUACUCAGGAGUUUAUUUCUGAGUACUCCUGAGAACCUGCCUGAAAUGAUUCUAAUAUUAUCUUUGAUCUGCACCUUGGGAGCAUUUUUGAACCUGCACUUGAAAGACUUUCCAAUUCCUCUCCCUGUGAUAUUAUUUUUAGUUGGAUGCAGUCUCGAAAUACUAAGUUUUACAUCUUUCCAGGUCCAAAGAUAUGCAGAAGUCAUACAGGAGAUAAGUCCAAGAUUAUUUUUCGGUAUAUUUACACCAAUAAUUUUCUUUAAUGUUGCCUUUGACAUGGAUGUAUACAUACUCCAAAAGUUAUGUUUUCAGAUACUUUUACUUACAAUUCCUGGAUUUUUUAUUAAUUAUAUUUUAAUUCUUUGGUAUCUGGCAUCCGUGAAUAAAUUACUUUUGAAGCCUGGUCCAUGGUUAUUAUUUUCAGCUAUCCUUGUGAGUUCAGAUCCCAUGCUUACUGCAGCUGCUAUAAGAGACCUUGGUCUUUCUAGAAGCCUCACCAGUUUAAUUAAUGGAGAAAGUCUGAUGACCUCUGUGAUGUCACUGAUUGUGUUUGGAAGUGUUAUGAAUAUUAGUAAUACAACAGAAAGCAGGAUGAAUCAUACGUUAACCUAUUCUGUCAUGCAUGGAAUUUGGUCUUAUUUUAUGGCAAGUUUCCUGUUUGGAAUUCUAAGUGCAAAAUUAAUCCAAUUGUGGAUGUCCACAGUGUUUGGUGAUGAUGUCAAUCAUAUAAGUCUCAUCCUUUCAGUUUUGUACCUCACCUUUUAUAUUUGUGAGCUAGUUGGAAUGUCUGGGAUAUUUACCCUGGCCACUAUGGGACUUUUGUUAAAUUCUGCAAGUUUUAAACCAGGAGUGGAAUCACUUCUUCUUGAAUUCUGGAAUUGGCUAUCAUUUGUUGCUUUUCUUAUGGUGUUUACUUUCACUGGACUUCUCAUUCCUGCACGUACAUAUUUAUUUAUAAACUUUUCUGAUGUAUAUUAUUCAUUAAAUAUCUACUUUACACUGAUUGUUUUAAGACUUUUGGUCUUUCUACUAAUGAGCCCUGUUUUGUCUCGAGUUGGCCAUGGGUUCAGCUGGCGCUGGGCAUUCAUAAUGGUCUGGAGUGAAAUGAAAGGGACACCGAAUAUAAACAUGGCCCUGCUGUUUGCCUACUCUGACAUUGCUCUUGUAUCUGAGAGGGAAAAAUCUCAGAUAUUAUUUCAUGGCGUGUCAGUGUGUUUAAUUAACCUGAUUGUCAAUAAAUUUAUUUUGCCAAUGGCAGUUACUAAACUAGGUCUUCGUGAUGUCACAUCCACCAAAUAUAAAUCAGUUUAUUAUACAUUUCAACACUUUCAAGAGCUAACCAAAUCUUUCGCCGCCGCACUCAAGUUUGAUAAAGAUCUUGCUAAUGCUGAUUGGAACAUGGUUGAGAAAGCAAUUAUUCUUCAAAACCCAUAUGCAUUGAACCAAGAAGAAACAACAGAGCAUCAGAAGGUGACGUGUCCAAACUGUAACAAGCAGAUAGAUGAGACCCUUAACAUUGAAGCCCUGGAGCUUGCCAACAGGCGUCUUUUGUCGGCACAAAUAGCGAGCUACCAGAGACAAUACAGGAAUGACACUCUGUCCCAGGGUGCAGUCCAGGUGUUGGUAGGUGCAGCAGGAAGCUUUGGUGAGAAGAAGGGAGAAUAUGUAAGUCUUGAGACAAUAAAGAAAUAUUCUGAAGGCAAAAAAUUACUUUCUGUUGUUAGAAAACUACUGCUUGAUUGGGUAUAUAAUACUAGAAAAGAUAAAGGGAUUCCAUCAAAGCAUUUCAUUUUUCGUGUAUGCCACCAAAUAGUAUUUACAGAUGAAUUUGAAUAUGUUGGAUACCUUAUAAUACUAAUGAACACGUUUCCUAUUGUAAUCUCUUGGGUGCCCGACAUAAAUGAAACCUAUGAAGAUGAAUUAAUACAUGCAAACUACUCCUUCCUUACAUUUUAUAUUCUAGAGAACCUACUUAAGGCGCCGCCCAACACAAUUUACUUUUUAAAUAUAAAAAUGUUAAAUGAUGGUAUCGUAUGCCUACAAACUGAUGGUAUUGUAGUGUUGUAUCAGUUAACAAGAGGUUUCAUCUUCUUUCUAACACAAAUUGCUGCCUUAAAUUCCCUUCCCUGUAUUUUCAAACUUUUUUCAAACAUUCAUCACUCUGUUAAAGAAAUGGGCUACUUAGAAUAUGAUCACCCAGAUAUCACUGUCACUAUGAAAACAAAGGAAGAGAGUAAUGUCAUGCUAAAUAUGGCUAAAGAAAUUAUUAAGGUUUUCAGGUCAAAAGGAAUUAUUUAUAAAAUCGAAGGUACUGAAAUUAANNAGUUAAUCAUGGCCAGAAAAAGACAAGUGCUUGAUUUUCAACCUGUUAUCAAGCCUCUUACUGUUGAAGAAGCUCUAUAUCAUAUUCCAUGGCUAGAUAAAGAUUCAGACCAUAUGGAUUUCAUUCAGGAAAGAGCCAGGGUUAUAACAUAUGAUUGUGGAAAUGAGAUAUUUAAAGAAGAUGAUGAGCCCAAAGGAAUUUAUAUAAUUAUUUCAGGCAUGGUGAAGCUUAAACGAUCAAAGCCAGGUUUAGGGAUUAAGGAAAUACCGGAGUCAGAGGAGAAAGAUUAUUCAAUAAUUUACACAGAGUAUGUACUCAAUGGAGAAAUAAUAGGAGAGAUAAACUGCUUAACUAAUGAAUGUAUGAAAUAUUCCGCCCUCUGCAAAACUGUAGUGGAGAUAUGUUUUAUUCCUAAAGAUCACUUAUAUGAAGCUUUUAAGCGUUUCUGUCCUGUCAUUGAACAUAAAAUGUGGCUAAAACUUGGACUUGGUAUUACUGCCAGAAAAAUCAGGCAACACUUGUCUUAUGAGGACUGGAACUACAAGAUGCAAUUGAAGCUCUCUAAUGUUUUUGUAAGAGAUAUACCAAAGAGCACCAAAACUAGUAUCUAUGAUGAAACUGUAACCUAUGUUAUCCUUAUACAUGGAGCUGUAGAAGAUUGUCAAUUACGAAAAAUUUAUAAGGCACCCUUCUUAAUUCCUAUAACGUGCCAUCAGAUACAAGGCACUGAAAAUUUCACAAAAGUAAUGAUUGUUCAAACUCCAGCUAAUAUGGAAAAAUUCAGAUGGGGUUCUAGAAAGUGUACACGUGCAUCUGAAGUUCAUCAUUCACCAAGAUCAAGAAGUGAGUUGGAUUCCUUUGAGCAAUUGUGA